CUGGUAUUAUUAGGAAGCACUUUUCACGACGAAAACGAUCACAACAAUGAUUCUAUAGAAACGGUUUUUUAAAAUGCGUUAGAUCGUUGAUUCAUGAUUUUUGACAGAAGGAAUAACGUCUAGCGUGGCAGGUCCAUAUGUAGUUAGUCUGAGUUACACUACUGCUAUAUCCAUAGAUACUCGUAUACAAUUAAAAAAUCAAAUCGACAAUAAAUUAAUGACAUUUCAAAACGACUUGACAUUAGCUAAUCUGUGUAAAGCCAAAGACAAGAAAAAAAGACAUUUUAAACGACAGUUUUGAAUAGAACAAAAUAAUCUGUGGUUCAACUGUUUAUUUUGAGUACCUUCUUUUAUUGCUGUUUGUGUUUAUUAUUGUUUUGAUAGUGAUUACUUGCGAUCGGUGUAAUAAUUAAAUUAAAAUGUACAGAGACUAUUUUGUUCGUGAUUUGAGAAUGAUUGACGAUGUAGAAGACAUUAUAAACCGAAAUCCAUUUAGAAAGCGCGUAAAGUUAUAUAAAAUUCGCAAGAAUCCUCUAGAAGAACUGCAAGAAGCUGAAUUUAAGUUAAAGUAUCGCUUUUCUCGAUCUACUGCCAUGUUUAUUAUUGACAUGGUCAAGAAUGAUUUAUCUGGUGAUUCCAGAGGUGGCCUUAUACCACCCCAUCUGAAAGUAUUGACUGCACUAAGAACUUGGGUCAGCGGAGAGAUUCAAGAUGAUGCCGGGGAUUUAAACGGGAUGAGUCAAGCAACAGUAUCUAGAGUAUGCAAACAAGUUGCUUUAGCACUAGUGGCAAAAAGAGCUGAAUGGAUUCAUAUGCCACAUAGUGAAAUUGAGCAGGACAAUGUGAUUGCUGGAUUUUUUUCAAUUUGUGGAUUUAGACAAGUGAUAGGAGCCAUUGAUUGCACACACAUUAGGAUUCUGAAAGUCGGUGGUAAUGUAGGCCAAUACUACAUAAAUAGGAAAGGAUAUAGUUCCAUAAAUGUACAGGUUGUGUCAAAUGCUAAUCUAGAGAUAAUGGAUAUAGUUGCACGCUGGUGUGGAAGCACACAUGACUCUAGAAUAUUUAAUGAAAGUCCCCUAAAGCAAAGAUUUGAGCAGUCUGAAUUUAAAGGCAGACUCUUAGGAGAUUCUGGUUUUGCUUGCACUUCUUAUUUGUUUACUCCCAUCUCACAACCAAACACAGAAAAAGAAGAAAUGUACAACAUAGCACAUUCAAAGACUCAUAACACAGUAGAACGUUGCAUUAAGGUAUGGAAGCAAAGAUUUAAAAGUUUAUUACAAGGAUUUAAAACAAAAUUAGAUAACACUAAAGUUUAUAUUGUUGCUUUGGCUAUACUGCACAAUAUUGCAAUACAAAGACAGGAACAGCUUGAUGAUGUCGAGGAGCAUGAUGAGGUUCCCGUGCCUGUGCCACCAGUCACACUUAACAACAUGACAGGAAGUUCAGCAAGAGCAGCAUUUAUUAAUGACAAUUUUUAACCAACUCUAAGAAUGUAGGUUAGCAAUUUGCCUGUAUAUGCAUGUAAUAUUGUCAGAAAUGCAGGUUUUGUAUAUGUUGGUCUAUACCACCUUCUAAACAUGCACCUCAAAUAUAUCUGUGUCCGUGCAUAUCUUCUAAGACUAAAUCAAAUCACAAAAUUCAAUAAGUUUUCAAAAAAUUGGAUCAGUAGUUUAAUAGUAAUGACAAACAGUUACUGUUAUUACACUUGCAAUGAAAAGAAGGACAAGUUAACGAAAGUAUAGAAAAUAUAUGGUAUUUAUUUAUUUAUUACAGUUGUAUUAUUAUCAGCAUAUUUUAAAAAAGCUUCAAUAGCUCAAUGGUAAAAGUGGUUGGAUUCACCACUGAGGGGUAGUGGUUCAAUCCCUACCAGUGUAAUCUCUGGAUGUACUGAUUGAACCGAUUUUGAAAAUUCUGUCACCAAUAGAAAGCGUGUUAUUUGUGAGUAUCAGAAGUUAUAUUUUAUUCCCACAGGAAUGGGAACUACGAGAAAAUCACAAUGUAACACAUCUUCCAAAAAACUGUGCACCCUUUAACAACCAAAGCAGAACUGUGUUUUAUUUUUAAAUCCAAAUUAAAAUAUCUAUGUAUAUGCAACUGUAAAAAGGAUGUGUACAAUGUACAUAUAAAAUAAAUAAGGUGUGAAUUUGUGCAAUAAAAACACAUCAA